CUUUUUGUGUCUGCCUGUCUGUCUGUCUACUAGUUUGUAAACAGUCCCAUAAUGAAGGCAGCCUCCCGCUCCGUCAGGGGGAUCGCGGUGGCUGGUGCCGUCGCCGGGCUCGGGGCCCUCCACACGGCCGCCGCCCUGCCAGUCUCGGACGACCCGAUCCUCCCCCCGCUGGCCAGCCGGGACGUGACGGGCAACGGGGAGGACCUGAACGGCAAGACAUAUGACUACAUCGUCGUGGGCGGCGGGCUGGCCGGCCUGACAGUGGCCGCCCGGCUCUCAGAGGACCCCGACGUGACCGUUGCCGUCAUCGAGGCCGGCCAGGAUAUCUAUGGGGCGCACGAGUCGAGGUUCCUCACGCCCUCGGCGGUGCUGUACGACUCGUUCCUCAACACCGAGUACGACUGGAAGUACGUGACGACGCCACAGGCCGGGCUCAACCAGCGGACGACGCCGUGGGCCCGCGGCAAGGUGCUCGGCGGCAGCUCGGCGGUCAACAGCAUGUACAUGGUGCGGGCCUCCGCGCGCGAGUUCGACGCGUGGGGCUCGCUGAUCGGGGCGCCGGAGCUGUGGGGCUGGGACAGCAUGUUCGCCGCCAUGAAGAAGUCGGAGGACUUCCAGGAGCCCGUCCAGGCCGUGCGCGACGUCGUGCCCAGCCUGCAGUGGAACCCGGCCAGCCACGGCACGGGGGGCAACAUCAAGACGGGGUGGCCGGGCAAGAGCUACCCCUUCGUGCAGUCCUUCCUGACGUCCGUCGCCAACACCGGCACGCCGAUAUCAAACGACCCGGAUGCCGGUGAGAACUGGGGCGCCUUCCUGGCCACGUCGGCCAUCAACGCGCAGGUCUGGCAGCGGUCCAGCUCGCGGACGGGAUACCUGGACGCCAUCGACACGGAGCGGGCCAACAUCCACGUGCUCGUCGGCCACCAGGCGACCAAGGUGCUGCUCGACACGGCCGACCCCGAGGGCAAGGGCGCGAAGGUAAGGGCCACGGGCGUCCAGUACGCCGCCAACCCGCAGGACGCCAUCAAGACGGUCAGCGCGGCCAGGGAGGUCAUCAUCUCGGGCGGGACCAUCAACUCGCCGCAGAUCCUGCAGCACAGCGGCAUCGGCGACGCGGCGCAGCUGCGCGGGCUCGGCAUCGAGGCCAAGGUCGACCUCCCCGGCGUGGGCCACAACGUCCAGGACCACGUCUCGGCCGCCCUCCUGUACCCGCCGGCGCACCCGGACCAGCAGCCGCCGCCCCGGCUCACGGGCGACCCCGUCACCGACUCGUUCGUCCAGUCCGCCAUCGCCUACGUCAACCUGACCACCCUCGUGGGCGGCGCCGAGCAGGCGGGGCUUCUCCUCGCCGCGCUGCGCAGCAACGCCACCAGCGCCAUCGACGCUGCCGCCGUUCCCGAAGCCGUCAAGGAGGCGUGGCGCGUCACGUACGCCAGCCAGGUGGACAACAUCUACGACUCGCCCGUGGGGCUGGUCGAGAUCCUCCUCGCCGACAUCUUCGGCACGGUAAACAUGCAGGUCGCGCUGCAGCAGCCCCUCUCGCGGGGGUCCAUCCUCGUCGCCUCGCCCGACCCCUUCGCCCCGCCCGCCAUCGACCCCCGCUACCUCACCCUCGACGUCGACCUGCGCCUCCUUCGCGAGGGCCACAAGCUCGCGCGCCGCGUCGCCGCCGGCAUGGCGGGCGUCCUCGGCGCCGAGGCGCACCCCGGCACCGCCGCCGUCGCGGACGCAGACGACGCCGGCUGGGACUGGUUCAUCCGCCAGAACGCGGGCACCGAGUACCACCCGAGCUCGUCGUGCUCCAUGCUGCCGCGCGACAAGGGCGGGGUCGUCGACAAGGACCUGCUCGUGUACGGGACGUCGAACCUGCGGGUUAUCGAUGCCAGCAUCGCGCCGACGAGCGUCAGCGCCCACCUUAUGACUGCUACGUAUGGCAUCGCGGAGAUCGGCGCGGAUAUCAUCAAGGCUGCGCGCAGGGGUGCCGCUGCGGCGGACGACACGACGGCUGGGAAGCUGCAGCAGGCGCAGGAGGUCAGCCCUCCUGCGGACGGCGGGGCCCAGCAGCACGACACGGCCGAGGAGGACUCAUCCCCGAAGACGGCUGCCGUGGCUGCUGGUAGUGGUGUCGCUGCUGUUGGGUCUGUCGUCGCUGCCGGCCUUGUCAUCGGCCGGACGGCGCUGCGGAGGUGGCAGGGGCAGAAGUACUCCAAGGUCGUUGCUUGAGGGGAGCAGGUGGCUGGCUUGGUACAUAUCAUGUCUGUGCUGAUGUUAUGAUAAUGUUUGGGCUGGAUUAUGUCAUUUGACGCCUUGAAUAGGGCUCGAUGGAUGGGCGGGGAUCUCCCCUGGUUUUCCUUUUCUUGGUUCAUGGAAAUAAUGACUAUAGACGGAUGUUGGUCUGGUGGAGGAGGCUGGUUCCACGGUUUUGGAGUACGCUCGCCAAUACCCCUUUUGGUCUUGUAUUUAAUCAUCUUCUUUCGGGCUCGGUCAUGUACAUUGAGCUUCAAUUAGACGAAGCAUUUGAACUUUGAAUCUUAUGCAUGGUACACA